AUGGGGGUAAAAAGGGGACAAAAAAUAGAGACACCGGAUUAUAAGGAGGAUAAAGUAACACUACAGAGAUACAGAGAUGCUUCUGCUGAGGUAUUAUCUCUUAUACUAGAUCAUUGCCAAUACAUAGAGAAGGCAUCAAUAGAUGAGGUGUAUGCGGACCUCACCUUGCAUGCAGCAGCAAUUAUUCUUGAUCUUCUUAAUGAGGGGCCCCCCUCUGAUGAAGAAACAGAUGAAGGGAAGGGGGCCCCAGUGGGGGCCCCUUUAGGGGCCCCCACUGGGGCCCCCAAGGUCGACGCGGCCGUCGGGGAACCCGCAGGGGCCCCUGGACCCUCUCCAACGGGGCCCCCCACAGAGUCGUCAGGACCCACAGAGGGGCCCCCACAGGGUACACGUGAUGGUGAACAGCAUAAGGAGGUAGGGGCCCCUGAUGGGGACCCCACUAGGGCCCCUGAUGAUGGUGGGGGAGGGGGGCCCCUCCCCCAGCACCAUCAGGGAACCACAGAAGGGUCUCCUUCCUCUCCUGUUGCUUCGGCCUCUUGUGCCCCAUUGGAGCAGCAGGGGGCCCCUGGGGCCCCCGAGCAGCAUACAGAGGCCCCUGAGGCCCCUAAAGGGGCCCCUAUGGGGUCUCCUGAGGGGGCCCCUGAGGCCCCUGGGGGCCCCUGUGUGUCUCCUAAGAGCAGCAGUAUAACAACAGAUGUGUCCUCUGUCUCUUAUUAUAAGGAUAAUAUAAAAGAAGACAAAGAAGAGGGGCCCCCCUUGUGCUCCCCUCCUCCUGAGGCCUCUAGUAGACAGGGGGCCCCCUCCUCAGUGCCUCCUCCUAGCGACGGGUCCCCUGAGGGCUCCCAUGGGGUCCCCACUCCUAACCCGUUAGGGGGCCCCCCCCCUAGUCCCCAUGGGGCCCCCCCUCCUAGUCCCUUUGUGGGCCCUCCAACGGGGCCCCUGCCUAGGAGUAUGCAUGGGUACAAUUACAAUGAUGACAUAUUAGGGGCCCCUUCUUUGUGGGCGCCUUAUAUGGGGGCCCCCCCUGAUGAGGAGUUUAGGGGGGCCCCCAUGGGGGCCCCAGAGGAAGGUAGCGACAGUAUACAAACAAAUAUAAGGGUUAAAUCUAUGUUAGCAUUUAAGUCAUUAGAACCCCCGGGGGCCCCCCCUGGGGGCCCCCUGGUACUAGGUUGGCUACAAACCCUAAGCAAGGAAUUAUACCAGAGGGCAGGAGAGGACUAUAAGCUAUAUGCUCGUGUCCCUAAGACUAUCACUCUUCAUUACUGUUCGGGGCCCCCAGCUAAUCAGAGGUUUACUCGUUCUUGCCAAGUACCCUAUGGUAAUGGUAUACCCAUGGGGGCCCCCCCUCCGCAGCAGCUGCUGCUGUACCUCGCGCAGCAGCAGCUGAAAAGACUGCUGCAGGAGCAGCAGAUGAGGGGGGCCCCCCUACAACCCUGUCUAAGGAUAGCUCUGGCUCUAGGGGACUUCAUAGAGGCCCUACCAAGUGGGGCCCCCCAGGGGGCCCCCAGGGGGGCACGAGGGGGCCCCCAUGAUAUUGCAAGGUUCUUUAAUCAAACCCCUAAAAGGGAGUCUACUGGGGGCCCCCAAGGAUCCCCUCUGAGGGCCCCCAAAGGGGCCCCUCAAGGGUCCCCUCUAAGGGCCCCCAAAGGGGCCACCAAAGGGUCCCCUUUAAGGGCCCCAAAAGGGGCCCCCCAAGGGUCCCCCCGCAAGACCCCUCAAGGGGCCCCGAAAGGAUCCCCUCUAAGGGCCCCAAAAGGGGCCCCCCAAGAAUCCCCUCAAGGGGCCCCCCAAGGUGCCCCCGAGGAGGUAUCGGUGGAUGAGGAUGAACCCCAUAUAUUGGACGGGGGGCCCCCUGGGGCCCCCCAUAACGACAUAAAAGAGGGGGAAGGGGCCCCUGCUAUAGAAGAGGAUAUGGGGGCCCCUGGGGCCUCUGGGGGCCCUUUGGGGCCCCAAGAGGAGGAAAAGGAUUUGAAUGAAAGGGGCCCCCCAAAAGAGGGUACCGAGUCUGGUGUACAAGAAGAAGAAGUAGAGGUAUUAACAGAGGGGCCCCCUAGGGGGCCCCCGUCAAUAAAUAUAGAAGGAGACAGUUGUAUAUGUGUCUCCUCGCAGGCAGAGGAGGAAGAAGAAGAAGAAAAAGAAGAAGAAGAAGAAGUAGAGGUAGUAGAGGUUAUAGAUGUAUCUAAGGAGACAGUUAAUUAUUCAGGUGGCUUAUGGGCAGGGGUUUAG